CAAGUGUCACCUCUCCCUUCUUCUCAACCUCCAGUCCAGGCCUUGGCAGAGUUCCUUUUAGCGGUUAGCAGGUGGCUGAGAAAGCAAGAGUACCAGGUGUCAGAGCUAAUCUACCGUCUGCUGGGGCAUCAUCAUGGAUGCCUGAGAUGACAGUUCAAUACCUGAAGCCAAGUCUGGUAGCUGCCUGUAUACUUACAUUGUGGCUGAUGGCCUUCUUCCUGAGCCAAGAGUUCAGCCAGAAUGACAUCCAUGAAAAGGCCAGAAUGCAUUCAAGGCCAGAAUCCUGCCACUGCUUUGGAUCUUUCAGGAAGUGUAUGUGUUCAUCUGAGAUCUUCGAGUGCCCUGCCUGCCUCCACACGCGUGGAGGAUCUGACUGGUUUGAUGAACGCUUUGUAAGGGCCAUUGAGCCUGUGCAGAGGUCAGAAGAGCCCAUGUCCUCGGAUGCCUUGAUAUUGUGGUUGGGUGUCAAGUCAAAGAAAGAGUUUGAGGAUCAGGAGCAGCAGCCAAUAGAAGAGUCUCCCAGACAUCCACAGGGCUAUGUGGGGUCCAGCUGCCGGACCUGUGCAGUGGUUGGAAACUCAAGGUUCCUACGUGGCUCUGGCCAUGGAUUCAGGAUUAACCAACAUGACAUGGUCCUCAGGAUGAACCAGGCCCCUGUCCUAGGCUUUGAGACAGAUGUGGGCAACAAAACCACCAUGCGCAUUAUGUACCCCGAGAUGGCUAGCACACGGGAUCAUGGUACCCAGCUGCUGCUGCUUCCUCUGAAUUCAUCUGGCCUAAAGUGGUUUAUGGAAGUGCUAUGGGAACAGAGCUUCAGAAGCCCAAUAAACCCUGGAUUUCAGAUAGUCCAGGUCCCCAGUGGAAGUAACAAGAACAAAGACAAGGUCUUGGUGCUCAGCCUCACCUUUCUCCAGUAUGUCCAGGAUCGUUGGCUGGGGAAGCAUGGUUGGUUUCCAUCCUUGGGCUUCGUGGGUUUGUUGUAUGCCCUGCACACCUGUGACCAGGUAUCCUUAUUUGGUUUUGGGACAGAUGAGUUCAUGAGGUUGUCCCAUUACUGGGAUGAUAAAUAUUGGCUCAAGAGUAACAUACACAACUUCAAAGAAGAGCGAAAGGUCAUCUUAAAGCUGGAAUGUGAGGGGAAGGUUGUUGUUUACAACUGAAAUGUUUUCCAACCUGUUCACCCCAUUGGAAGCCCCAGGAGGCUGGCUGUGAGUUAAAGGGACCAUGGUGUAUCAGAGAAGGACUGGGGCUUCAAGUGAUCCUGGAUAUAAAUCACUCUGCUCUAAAUAAAACUGUAGCUUAUUCCUCCCAAUGGA